AUGAAUAUUCUACACUCCACUCUAUCCUCAUGGCGGGAUAAGCUCGCUCCGAUCACGCAUACUUCAACAUUCCGCUCAACAGGCCAGAUAACGCCCGACGAGUUUGUUUCUGCGGGCGACUACCUAGUUUACAAGUUUCCGACAUGGGCAUGGGAGCCAGCGUCUCACCCGAGCAAGCAGGUCUCGUAUCUGCCGCCAAAUAAGCAAUACCUUGUGACUCGAGGAGUCCCUUGCCACCGGCGCCUGGACGACAACUUUGCCGGCGAAGCUGGACAAGAUGAGACAAUGGUCCGAGAUGGAUUUGGCGCAGGCGAAGGCGGAGACGACGAUGGGUGGCUGCGAACGGGCGGAUUGGCAGCUAGUCAGGAAGCACGCAUGAAGGAUGUCCGCACGGUCGAUGAGAGUGGAAAUAUUGGUGAACAUGAAGAAGACGAGGAAGAGAUUCCGGACAUGGAAGAUGAAGAGGAUGACGAGGAGGCAAUAAUACGGGAUCCAAAAGCCGGUGCUGGCACAACCGCCCCGCUACGGAAAUACAACCUCUACAUUACAUAUUCACCCUACUACCGCACGCCGAGACUGUACCUGUCCGGCUACCUGUCCACGUCUGAGCCUCUCGCGCCUCAGGCGAUGAUGGAGGACAUUGUAGGCGACUACAAAGACAAGACAGUCACGCUGGAAGAUUUCCCAUUUACGCAAGAGAGCGUGAAAAUGGCGAGCGUGCACCCGUGCAAGCACGCCUCCGUGAUGAAAGUCUUGCUCGACCGCGCCGACGCCGCGCUGAAGAUUCGUCUGCUGAAGCAGCGCCAGGCCCAAGUACAGGGUCACGGCCAUGGCCACGACACCGACGGCAGGGUGGAGUCCGGCCUGGCGGGCCUAGUGGAUGACACACACAACUUGAGCCUCACAGACAAAAAGGGCCACAAUGCAGGCGUUGCAGCCGCGGGCGGAAACGGGGGCGACGAAUGGGAAGUCCUCCAGCACGAGGGAGGCAAUGAGGAGGAAGAAGUCGCCAUUAGAGUCGACCAGUAUCUCGUCGUCUUUCUCAAGUUUAUGGCCAGCGUGACUCCCGGGAUUGAACACGAUUAUACCAUGCAAGUAUAA